AUGAGCUGUCUGUGUCUCUCUUAUAGGUGUCAUGAGAGUCUAUUUGGACCUGUGCUUCCUUUGUAUGACUUCAUAACAGGAGAGGAAUAUGAGGCCGUUUUAGUGCAUCAUUUCCCCUUAUUUCAACAUGAUGAUGUGCACACAGCUGGAGACACUAAACAGAGGUUUCAUGACCUGCAGAAAGAAAUCAAAAACCCUCAAAUGGGUAAGAGCAUAAAUCUGCCUCGGCCCAAUAAUGUUGAAAAGCAUAAGACACAACAUUUAGGCCAUCCAAAUACUCUACUAAGAAAUUUAAAUACACAAAAUAAACAAAAAAUAAUGUCCAUUAAAUAGAGCUACUCACUUUAAACCAUUUUUCAGCUGCUGUGGCAAAAAUCUUAAUGACCAAUGACUUGUAUUUAAAAGUAAAAACAUACAGUUUAAUUAAAACUAAGAUUUCUCCUCCUUGAUUAUAUCAUGCAGUCAAAAGCAUUUCCUUCUACAUCACUGCUCGAAGUGUAAUGAAUUUCUUAGUUUAUCUUAUCCAUCUAAAUUGAGUUUCUCGCCUUUCUCUUAGUUCAACAGGUCUGAAUUUUUCUUAAUCACUACACUUUCUGUACUACUUAACAUAAAUUCAACCAAAUUACAGGCAAAUGAAGUAAAGACAGUUGAUUUAAUGUACUGUACGCCCUUACAGCCAACACAUUGCACAUAUAUUUAGAAAACAGUGUCCCGUAUACACAGAGUUUUGCUGAUAGGAUUAAGUUACGUUUGUUUUUCCUGUCAGGUAUAUGGGAUAAAUGCUAAUUGGGGUUAUUGAACAAAAAAAGAGGUAAACUUCUGUGAAAAUCUCAAAAAAGUUUCAGAACAGAAUAUCAAAGCAUGCUCUUCCUAUUCACUAAGUACACUUAACCCUGUUUGUGACCAAGAAACACUGAUAAAUAAUACAAACUGACUGAUUCUCACUACUGUUUGUAUUUUUCAACAAAAGCCUGCGUUCAAAUACAUGCUGUAAAAAAGGACAGGAAGACAGAAGUUUACCACUGUGUGAGAAAAUACUUCAGCAUAAGAGUGCAAGAACUAAAGGAUAUCAUCAUCGGUAGUGAAUAAUAUCAUUAGAAAAAGGCUAAAGCCAAAAACAAAUACUGGAUGUCUGUGAUCUGGAUGUCACUGUAUGAAACGCAGACAUGACUCUAUAGUGGAAAUCACUGCAAAAUCACUUCCAGAAACCUCUGUCUAUUGAUGCAGACAGGUAUGUCCAAAAAUGCUGGUUGAUACAAAACAUGUGCCAGGCAGAUGGAAAUAAAGUGCAAAAAAUUAUGUGUAUAUGUUUAUACAAAGACAUUAAAUAGUUCUCUCUUUUUCUUCAUAUUUUCACACAUUAUCCACCCGAUGCAUGGUAGCAAUACACUAAAUAAAAGGAAUCAACCACUGUUUGGUAGCUCAUCAUUUAGACAAAUUUGGAUGAGUUGUUCAUGAGAAGUACUUCCUUCCACAUCCAUAUACAGUAUGAGUUUUUGAUAAUUUAGUGAGUAAUGUGACUGAGAAAGGGGGCGGGGAGUGUGAAUAGGUGCCUUCCACAACUGCAUCAUCAGAGACUAUUUUCACCAAAACAGCACGGCUGAUGAGGCUGUAAGUAUUUUCUUAUUAUCGUACACCCUAAUGUUUGUAAUACUCUUUAUUCAAACUACAAGAUCAGACAGUGUGAGUGGUUGCUGUGGUCUGCAAGUUGGAUCUAAUUUGAACCUGUUUUCUUUGUAGCUUAAGAUAGACCGCAUCUUAAAAUGAAUAUGAAGACAGCUAUAACAAAUGAUUUUUUUUUCUUUUCGAGUGAAGUGGCUUUUUAAAUUUGUAUAAUCUAAAAGAUUUUUAUUAAGUUAAGUCUGUGUGACUGUGUCUGUGAAUGUAAAUUAUAUGUAACAUUUCUGGAUUGAAAAUAGAUCAUUUUUAUGCUCAUGGUUUACCCUUAAGCACGCGAGUAUCUGCCGUUUGGACUUGAGGUAAAUGAUUUCGCUCAUUAUUUUAUUUUUCUUUCCAGCAAAUUUAAAACAACGAACGAUGUGUGUGGCGACAGCAGGAAGUGUAUUUUUGUCCCUUCUGGUGCUGUUUCCUGUGGCAGGUACAUCUCACUUCAUAUUGUUGCUGUAGUUACAAAGUUUUAGACAGUCACCUCAUGAUGUCAGGAGUAUUAAUGCACUCACACUGGGUCUUUCAUUUCAGUUCAAGGAUCCCCUCAUUGGUGUGUAACCUACAAACACAGAGAGACCUGUGGCUUAGAGGGCUCAUUUGUAAAUCUUCCGUGCACCUACCCCAAAAAUGUUGACAUCCGAAUAUCAGGAUGGUCAAAAAAGUACAACCCUAACAAGAAACCCAAGCUCUUAAAAACGAUUCCUGCUUAUGCCUCCCGCUUCGAGUCCAUUACAUUUGGAAACAGUGACUGCACACUGAAGCUUACAGCCCUAAGAAAGAGCGAUGCAUCCACAUAUUAUUUUACCUACAUAGCAAGAAAUGAAUCAGGACAGCGCUUCACAUGUUCAGGUGAUCCUGGUGUGAGUCUUCAUGUUUUUGGCUCUGCUGUGGGAGUCCUUGUGGAGACGGGCAUUAAGGGGCAGAACAUCUCUACGUCAGACUGGCAAGUGAUGGAGGGUCAAAGGAUAACUCUGACCUGUGUCCCCACCUGUACUACCAAUCAAAACUCCACCCCAGGUUACACCUGGUACAAAAACAAAAAGCCUUUAAAUGGCAGGAGAGCAAACUCACCUCUUCUGUCUUUGGACCCAAUCAGCAACCAGGAUACAGGUAGUUAUGUCUGCUCCAUGAUGGGCCUUGAAAAUCUCAGCUCAUCUGCCAUCAAACUCGAAGUCAUACAGCGACCCAGCAACUACUGCACAGAACAAACCCUCAACUACGACCAGGCACCAACAAACAGAGGCAUAUUUACAAUCUCUUUGAUUCUGAUAGCCAGUCUCUGUGCUGGGUUUGCUUUUGGAAUAACAUCGACUGUACUUAUUUUCAUGCAAAAAACAAAGGUUGAGAAGAAGAGGAGGCAAUGUGUAAGUUCAGUUUGCAGGCGACCUGACCAAAGCAGUGAUGUCUACAUGGCUCUGGAUAUCAGCGCCAUGUCUGCUGAGUAUGACAUGCUGAAUACAGUCGAACACUGCUCAGCCACUGAAACUGUUUACGAGAACUUAGAUCUCAGGAAAUUAACAAAGUGA